AUGACAGCUUUUCUUCACACGCGUCUGAUGAGGCCGUGUUUGGUGAAGGCUUUACCGGCUCGGAGUCUCCACGUGGCCUCCCGGGGUCUCGUGCCGCAGGUGACCGAAGGAAGGGGCUCUGAGUCUGGGUACGCUCUCCAACAGCACCGCAGACAGCACACGGAGGCGGCUGUGGAGGUAGAUGUAGCGCGGUUAGACGGGGAAGAUGAUGGUAUCGUGGAAGUGCUCAUGCGCAGACAGAAAGCAAGGAAUGCGCUGGGACAUGCGUUUGUUUUACAGAUGAGAGAGCUGGUUUCCUCUCUCUCCUCUGACACGACAGCUCGGGUUGUUGUCUUCCGCAGUCUGGUUCCUGGAGUCUUCUGUGCAGGUGCAGACUUAAAAGAGAGAGCCCUCAUGAACAACUCUGAGUCUGACCUGUUUGUUCACGGCCUCCGCUCCCUCAUGACUCAGAUAGCCGUCUUACCCAUGCCGACUAUAGCAGCUAUAGAUGGAGUUGCUCUCGGAGGUGGGCUGGAGCUCGCUUUGGCCUGUGAUCUUCGCACUACAGCCUCUUCUGCGCAUAUGGGGCUGAUUGAGACAACUAGAGGACUUCUCCCAGGAGCGGGGGGAAGUCAACGUUUGCCGCGGACCAUUGGUGUCACUCGAGCCAAAGAACUCAUCUUCACAGGGCGCCGCAUAGAUGGGCAGACGGCGGUGGAGAUUGGACUCGUAAACAGGGCGGUUGAGCAGAACGCUGCUGGAGACGCUGCCUACAGAGAGGCACUCAGUCUGGCGAGGGAGAUACUGCCGCAGGCUCCCAUUGCUGUACGAAUGGCAAAGGAGGCGAUGAACAGGGGUGUUGAGGUUGAUAUGACAUCAGCCAUGGCAAUUGAAAGGAUGUGUUAUGCUCGGGUUAUUCCAACCCGGGACCGACAGGAGGGUAUGACUGCUUUUAUGGAAAAGAGACCUCCAAGUUACAUUGGAGAAUAG